AUGGCCUUGCCUAUAUAUACCAUCUCCAAAUCUUGUGCCUUACCAUUCACCACCCUUAAAUAUAUACGAGAUCGUCCUCAAGAGCUUGUCCCAGGUCCUGAUUAUCCUUGUCUAGCAAAGGUGUCGGAGCCAGCACUGCAAAUCACCUUCAGCAGAGAGCCAAAGAACCCCGAAUUGGGCUAUCUUCUAGGCAGCGACCGUGAGCUAUGCGACAUACUCUUGGGCUGUCCAGACGACUCCAUUAGCCACCUGAUGUUCGCAAUAUCUUUCAAUCAAUACAACGAGCCUACCAGCCACCGGAGCGCGGCCGAGAUCAAGAUGUCGAUCGUGGGCCAUCAUAGGGAAACAAACCCAUGGAAACUCUCGGCCACGAUCACUCAUCCGUUCGAUCCCAUCCUCAUCGCAAACUCCAGCAAAGGCGAUCAAUGCGCAGCAGAGACAUGGGAGUCCAAUAGAUGCAACGGCUCGAUGGCGAAAGAUCAGCUCACUCCAGGAGCCCCACGUCGAAGUGUUGGAAAUGUGCUGCAGCAGAUCUCAACACACCCCCAUGAUGCAGCACCAUACUCUACAGUGCAUCAGCAUACACCUGAGGCCGUCGUCGGUAGCGAUAUCGACCUUCCCAAUAUGGACAAAAUUCGAAACAUACUUUUCAGUGGAGAUACCGGAGACACCGGAGAUGUGGGAGACAAUAAUGUGGGCGCAGAAGGAUUCGACGAAGAAGACGUUGAAGAAAUACCUCGAAAUAGCCCUGACCCACACCCUGAUCCAUGUACCGAUGCAACCUACACUUCGCGACCAAAGACUCCAAUUCCUUCUCAGAAAGUACUCCUAAAUGACAAAUGGAGUGACACCAAAAGACCGGGAUCACAAAACAAUACCCAAGACACCGAGGUAUUAUCCAAGUCAGCUCGAAAACACAGAGCAUACAAAUCAGCUCGAAAACACAGAGCAAAUAUCCACGAAAGACAGUGGGAUACCAAGUCAGCUCGAAAUCACAGAGCAUCAGUCACAAUGUCCACGGAAGACAGUGGAACGAUACGUCAAAUCGAACACCUUACCGGAGAGAAUUUUGGUUCAUGGUUUGUCAAUAUUCGAGCCGAGCUUCGUUCAAAGAACCUAUGGAAAUCCACUCACGGAGAGUACGAGUCUGAAGACUCUACAGUCACUGUGGCCAGUACAGAUACGGAGACAUCUCCACCGAUCACUAAGAAACAAGAGAAGGCAAUGAAGGAUUGA